AUGGCUCCGAGUCCAGAUCCCGAAUAUCAAAAACCCGAGCCGCAACUUGACUCGCCGCACGACUCAGAAUCGGACUCGGAAAUAAGCUCCAAGCCACAUUUGCCCGCUGGGUACAACCUGCCUUUGUGGCGCAAAUAUCUCAUUCUUUUUGUUGUCAGUUGGAUGACUCUGGCAGUCACAUUCUCGAGUACAUCACUACUUCCUGCCACUCCAGAGAUCGCUAGUGACUUUUCAACAACUACCGAGACUCUCAAUGUCAUUAAUGCGGGCGUUCUUAUUGCGAUGGGCUUUUCAUCAUUUAUUUGGGGCCCUAUCAUGGACUUGUUCGGACGUCGAAGUGCCUAUAAUGCCGCGAUCAUGGUCCUAUGUGCCUGCUCGGCGGGCACGGCAGUAGCGAUUAACCUGCACAUGUUCAUUGCGAUGCGACUACUCUGUGGAUUUACUGGAACUUUUUUCAUGGUCGCUGGCCAGACGAUAAUUGCGGACAUCUUCGAGCCAGUCGUACGAGGUACAGCCGUAGGCUUCAUGAUGGUCGGUUCAGUUAGUGGCCCUGCAAUCGGACCAUGUGUUGGCGGUGUCAUUGUCACAUUCGCCCAAUGGCGCAUCAUCUAUUGGCUCCAAUUCGGUAUGACAGCGCUUGGGCUGGCACUAUCUCUUCUAUUCGUUCCGAACAUCCAGAAGCAGCAGCAGUCUCUGCCUGCAAAGAAGCCGGUCAGCUUUUCAGGAGCCUUGCGGAUGUUUAACCCAUUACGCAUCUUUCUUCCGUUCAUUUACCCGAAUGUUUUCCUUUGCCAUUUUACAUGCGGUCUUCUAGCAACUUUCCAAUAUGGAAUUCUCACUUCUGCUCGUUCUAUCUUCAAUCCUCGCUUCCAUCUGACAACGCCCCUAGUGAGUGGGCUCUUCUACCUUUCUCCGGGAAUAGGAUUCCUUAUUGGAAGCGUCAUGGGUGGCAAGCUGUCAGAUCGUGCGGUGAAGAAGUGGAUUAAAAAGCGAAAUGGCGUGCGUCUUCCUCAGGAUCGGCUGAACAGCGGUCUGAUAACUCUAUUCGCCGUGCUUCCGGCUUCUACAUUGGUUUACGCCUGGACACUGCAGGAAGGAGUUGGAGGCAUGGCUGUGCCUAUCAUCAGUGCUUUCACGGCUGGAAUCGGAUUAUUGGGUACAUUCAAUGGGUUGAACACUUAUUCGGCUGAGGUCAUGCCGCACAUUCGAUCCGAGGUGAUCAGCGGUAAAUACCUAGUGCAGUAUGUUUUUGCUGCUGCCGCGACAGCGGCUGUCGAGCCAUUGAUUAAUUCCAUUGGUGUGGGUUGGACAUUUACCAUAUGUGUCGCAUUCGCGAUUAUUGGCGGGCUCUUUGUCUUCACUAUUACUAAAUGGGGCAUCGACAUGCAGCGAUGGGUGGAGGGGAAAUUUGGCCUUGACGCAAAACCGUCAUAA